AUGCUCCCCGCGUUACCCUCCCACACCCCUCUCUCCGCCUCUCCCGCUCCCCCGCAAUCUCGGCUCGGGCUCAACUGGAUGUCCAAGUUCUUUCUCCUCAUGACCUAUUCGCUCCUGCUCAUGCCCGGCUUCCUGCAAGUCAUGUGGUACUAUUUCUUCUCCCCCAACGUCCGUCGCAGCAUACCCUACGGCAGACUGCCGCGCAACAGCCUGGAUAUAUUCGUCCCCGCAAGCCCCUCCCCGCACCCUCGUCCCGUCGUUAUUUUCAUAACCGGAGGCGCGUGGAUUAUAGGAUACAAGGCGUGGGGCACGUUAUUAGCACAGGCGUUAGAGGAACGCGGCGUGAUUGUAGCGAAAACAGCUGCAGGAAAGACGGAGAUUCGUUAUCCGUCCGUAUCCUCCCUUGCUCCCUUCGCACCUGCUGCUGCUGCUGCUUCCGCGAAGGUUCAUCCUGUCGACGCCUGGAGGAUCAACGCUGCUGCCGCUUCCGCCUCUGCCGCUGUCACGAUUUCCGACGUCCCCGUUACAAGUUUCCCCGAUUCUGGAAAUAGCGUCCCUGCCGCCCUCCCCGUUCUGGCCACGUGCACCGCCUCUGGUCUCCCCGCGUCUCCCUCUCCCCUCCCCGCUGCUGCUGUCUUUCCGCCCGUCGCUUCCGCCGGUUUCCCCGCGGACGCGCAAGCAGCGCCAGCCGCGGGGCUGCGCGCGGAGAUAGAGGCGGCGGCGGAAGCGCUGCGCGCGGGGACGCCGCUGUUCCGCUCGCUGUCGAUGCGGAGGCUGCUGGCGCAUCUGGCGGGGAGCGGCGGGGCGGAGGGGAACGAGCCGGGGAGGGGCAUCCUCGACGUGUGGAGCAGCGAGCAGAUCAAAUCUUUCAUCGGCGUCUCGGGAUGCUACAAUCUAAUCAACCUGGCACCCCAAUUCGAGUCCAGGGGCAUGAACCCCUACCUCUUCCUCUCCAUAUUCGAGGGCGAGGAGUCGCUACCUCUCUUUUCCCCUGAGCUCCUCAUUUCCCGCCCCACAUUCAAGGCAGCCGCUCCCCUGCUCCCACCUGUACACCUGUAUCACGGGGUAGAUGACAUAUCUGUUCCGUUCACUGCCAGUGUGUCACAGCCAUACCUGCUGCCCCCCUGCGCACCUGUGGUAGAUAGCAUCUACGUGUGCUUCACUGCCAGGUAUGCUAUUUUCACACCUGUUAGAGGUGCACAGUAG